AUGAAGUUGACAAUCUUCCUCAUAGUGACACUCUUCACUGGUGUCUUGGCUGCUCCCCUGUCUAAGACCGCCAUCGUUCGAGAUGAGACACUUGUGCCUCGCCGUCUACCGGACUAUGCUACACCUCGCAUAGGCGUCACUGCCAUUUCUUCUAGCAAAGCGCCCAAGUCACACAUCGAGCGCUCAAUCAGCCGCAAGGGUUUGAGCUUGGUCAGCUUGGUAGACCGUGUUGCUGGGAAGAUCGAGACCAAGUGUAAUGAUAUCAGAGAUGUUAUAGAGGCAACGAAGGAUGACACAUUGUCGAAAGACGAGGCUGUGCAUGAAAUCGUUCGCAAGAUGAACAGCAUCAGAGCAACACUCUCCCGAACAGUCUCUACUAUGGACAGGACUCCAACUCUUGAUCUCUCCCGAGACGAUAGUAAAACUCUCCUCAAUCAUGUCUACAUCAUGACAGAGGAGCUGCACAACACAGUCAAAGACUCCGUCACCACACUAGGAGGAAUAGGAGCUCGCUCCAUGUCUCGAGCAACUCACAUGCUCGCAGAUGUCCUCAGCAACAUCGUCACCAUCAACCCAGAUACCGCCUCAGACAUGUAUCGCAAGCUGAGCCCCGUAUUCUCAGACAUGGUCCCUACAAAUGAAGAGGACCUCCAAGUCUUUAUCAUGAGCUCAGUGACGGAGUUUCUGUCAUCCAUCAAGCCUGAUGAUCUUGACUCAGAUACUGCAUGCAGCUCUGGAGAUUGUUUCAACAGUCCAAAUGAAGACUUGAAACGAAGGGGUUGA